AUGAUAAGCACGGGAGACGGUUUUCCUAAUAUUCUACUUAGUCUGAGAGGGGAAGAUAUCAAUUUAUACGAUAGGUUACUUGGAGGCUAUGGGAUUAUAGUUGGGUGUUCGGGUGCGUUUGAUGGAUUAUGUGAUGAUCUACUGGAGCUAUAUCGGAUGUUAAGUUUGAUAUUUAAGUCUCAUGUUAAUUUGGUUGGUUGUAUUGUGGUGAAUGAUCCUUUUGUUCUGAAAGGUUGGGCAAGAAAGCAUAACAUCAAAAAUGAUAUAAUCUUCAUAUCGGAUUCGAAUGGGACCUUAACGAAAUUAUUGGGGUUGCAGGUUAGUAAUGAGAUCCAGCGAUUAUAUGGUAAUGGUAUUGCUGGACAUGUAUCGCCCUCUACGUCGGUUGUUACACAAGAAGAUACUGGCGUCUACAAUGACGGGAUUGUGCGUCGUUGUAAGAAUUUUAUUGCGCUAUUGAAUCCUAGUGGAAUUAUCCAAGAGCUCUUUAUAGAAAACUAUUCAGAAGAGCCUUAUCUGGCUAUUUCGAAGAGACUGAAUAUUCCACUCCAAGCAAAUCAUCUCACCCAAAUUCGUCUAAGACUGCAGCACAUCCAUGACAAGACAAUUUUUACUCACUACCGCCCUUCUGACUACAAAAGUCCUAUGCGACCUCUUACCGCCAACAACAUACCAGACAAGCCCGGGCAUCGUAGUAAUGCUCCAAUCUCCGCCCAUACAACCUCCGCCCAUACAACCUCCGCCCAUACAACCUCGGCCCAUACAACCUCGGCCGAUCCAAUCUCCGCCAUUCAGUCCGAAAUCAGGACCCCAAGGAACAAUGGACCGGCACGGGAUUACGGUUCGCCCAGAAAGAUCGCUCGCGACCAGUCAGGACAACCUCGUUCACAGGAACGGUCCGUUGUCAGCGAAGACCAGCCGUGUCCGUCACGACUAAAAAACGGCAAAGAAGCUAGCGAUCACAAAAACACAGGAACGCACGUCCAGACAAGCAAAAACGAAAAAUACUACAAUGAACCACGACCUGUUCGAGACCACGUUCAAGAACCACAUGAGAGUGAUACCCGUAUUCGUGAGCCUAAAACCGAGCACGAAACGGAGCAGGAGAACGAGCACCCAUUACCGCCUGUCGAGCGUAGACGCAGAAGCAGUGUUUUGUACACACCACCAGGUUCUUUCCAUUCCACUGACGAGACUCGUGACGAGACUCGUGAACGUACCGAAGCUGGCCGCACGGACGCGGACGCUGAUUUCAGACACCGUAAAAUUUCUGGCCAUGGAGACCCCGACCGUAGGGAUCCUCACCGCAGGGAUCCUGACCGCAGGGACCCUGACCAUAGGGACCCUGACCAUAGGGACCCUGACCGCAGGGACCUCGACUUCAGAAACACAGAGACCAGAGACACCGUCAGCAGAGAUCCAGAGACCAGAGAGCCUGGCUCCGGAUGCCCUGGCAGCGGAGACACCGACGGACUAGCGCCGCGCCGAUUGCGCCCGUCGGAGGCGGAGGGUACGUCGUCGGGACGGCGGUCCUGCCAAGGGGUCUCACACCUGGUUCCAGGGGGCGAGGGUUCGGUGGAAGGAGAGUUGCGGCCAGGGGCGACCGUGUACGAGCGUCUGCCCACGACGAGACAGUCGGAAUCAGCCCCCCCGGCAAGCACGGAAGUGGAACGGACUGGUGAGAGGGGCGAGGGCGAGAGAGGCGUAAGUGAGGACCAGUCAACAGCUCGUGACAGCCAGGACGAUUUGCAGUCGGAUAUGAGCGACGACCUGAGCGACGAAGACGUGGACCUAGGGAGACCAAAGCAGUCACAUGCGGACGGGUUGGUGGUUCGACCGAGCAGCCAGCCGUGUCAGUUUCCUUUUGUGCGAUUGAGGGGCCGUGUAGUACGGGAUGUGGCCAGGCCCAGUGUGCGGUUCGACUACGAGAUGAGUCAGGACGUAUUUGAGUACCAGUUGGUCUUGGAUCCGGAUUGGAACGUGUUCAAGAUCUAUGCGAAGGACCUAGGUGUCCUGUGCCUAGACGUGGACCGUGUUACUCUCUUUGACCGAGCAACUGGGGUCAGGUUACAGCACAUCGAUACACCACGGCCGUCACCUGACUUCGAGUUCGACGUUGAGUUCGUCGUCAUCGAUCCUCACCGAACCUUCCCUAUCGCCUACCCGAAAAGCAGCCCCGGCUCACCCGUCAGCAGCGGGUCUCCGAACAGCAAAGCAUCCAGCAAGGCCUCCAGCAGCGACCACGGUCCCUCCUCCGUUGGCACGCUAUGCAUUAUCCACAAACAAGUCCCUAUCUCUCCAGCCAGCGCUGAAGAGAGUAGCGAGAACCCGCCGCGGAGGGUCGUCUUCUGCAUUCCUCUGGUCGCUGGCGGAAGAGACAAUUUCCUCGCAAAUGUACACUCGUACUUGGAAAAGAGAUCCAUCCGACCUCGUCAAUCUAACACUGUCCACCAUCGAACCGACGAACGCGGCGUCAACCUCCAAAAAUAUACUUCGCCCUACAUGCACCUCCUCCGGUACGAUGCGCCAGCCUACUACACCCCUACCUCUCGACCCAACGACAUUUGGAUUGUUUCCGAGGAAGUUUGCUAUGUGGAGGAAAGCCACUUGAGAGGCAUUCUUGACCACACGGCCCCGACGCCAGCGGCCACCGCAGAGUCGGUUCAGGAGCUAGCGUUCCGUAUUGCGGCGGAGUAG